AUGAGUAACGACCAGCUUGCUCUAUCCAAGACUAAGCUUGGUGAUAGCAUCGGCGAUCUUAGUGCUAAUCUGACGAUCGUGGCGAAAGAUCGAGAACUCAAGGUUCACAAAAUAAUCAUUUGCGGACAGUCGGGGUAUUUCUCCCGACUUUUCAAACGUGACUGGAACGAGACACAAGAAGCUACGAUACGACUUGUCGAAGAUGAUCCUAUAGCUAUUGAGGCAAUGAUCCACUUUAUGUAUGGAUUCGACUACGACAGCAGUGGCGGCGACCGCGGUCGUGUUUCCCUGAUGCUGUUUAACGUAAAGGUUUACCAGGUCGGAGACAAAUAUGACGUUCCGAAACUUAAAGCGCAAGCAAGGCAGAAAUUCAUAAAUGCUAUCGAAAAAUGCUGGGAAAUGGAUGACUUCCCCGUUGCUAUUGCGGAUACAUAUACAACCACAAUUUCGACAGAUAGAGGCCUCAGAGAUCCUCUUGUUAGCACAGUAUUGAACCAUAUUGACGUCUUGUUGAAAAAUGAAGAUUUCGUGCAAGUCCUGAGGGAGACUAUCGGGUUUGCGGCUGACCUCGUUCAAAGUCAAAAGCACAUGGUCGAGCUCAAGAGGUACCGGUGUCCCGAUUGUUCUGAGAAGUGGGCCGUGGCGGGAUCUGAGAUUAUACACUACCUGACGCAUGUUAAGAAUUUCUGGGCAACCCUCGUCAACCAUGACCACACUCGGAUGGCCCGCGUUGACCCUCAUAUGGUUGACUCGCUGCCGCUGCACGCGCUUCGGGGGUCCAGAAUCGUCAGAAAGACCGUGAAAGGCGAAAUCCAGACGUCCCGACGCUACUUCCGCCGACAGGCCCGAGCGAAGGCGGACGAGAGCGGCGUAAAGCAGUCGCCUGACCGACAGAUUGCCAAGGCCGCCCUGCUUAAAGCCCGGAAGCUGGACCACUACCACUAUGACAUUCGAACCUUCGAGUCUCUUAUCGAACGAAUUGACGGUUGCUUCGCACUCGCUAUUUCGAACGAGGCCCCGCAAGCGGUGCUCAUCAGUGGCCGGGCGGUUAAGUCGAAUGAGCGCUCUAGUGCUCUGCAGGAGCAAACCCAGCGGUUGUACCGUCCUACACCCUCUUAG